AUGGGAACAAGCGAGAACUUUCUUCCAAGGACAUUGGUGAAUGCUGCAUCAGGAGGGUCCUUAAAAACAAAAACUCCAGAGGAAGCUUUAGAAUUGCUAGAAUCUCUAGCCUCUCAAGAGUACGAUAAUGCUCCAGUACCACAGAGAAGAGCGGGGAUAAUGAAGCUUCAUGGUUGUGAUGCCAUCUUGGCUCAGAAUGAGCAGAUUUUACAAUCCAAUAAGAAACAGCAACAACAGCUAGAUGCUCUCGCAAAACAAUUUUCUGAAUUUCAAGUUUCUUCUGUUAAUACUCCUGCUAUCAUUUGUGAUAUUUGUGCAGGUACUCAUGCUACUGAAGACUUCCAGGCACCCGAAACUGCAGAUGUUAAUGGAAUUUGGCAUGAUCAAAAAGCUCCAUAUAAUCCAGGGAGGAACCAAUACGGCAAUAAUCAGAAUCAAGGGUGGAGAAAUAAAAAUCAAAAUCAACACCCAGGAUUUAGUUACAGUUCGAACCAUCAGCUGAAUCCUCCUAUGCCAGUGCAACAACAACCUCCACAACAAUCAGAAUGGGAAAAGGCCUUUGCACAACUAUCCAAGACCACAUCAGACUACAUUCAAAGUAACACUAUUCCAAAUCCAAGUAGGGAACACUGCAAUGCGAUUACUACUAUGAGUGAGAAAGCCAUUGAACCUGUGGAAAAAGAAAAGGAAGUUGCCAAAGAAUUUGCUGCAGAGAAAACUGUUCCUGAAAAGAAAGAGUUCAAAUGGGAGAAAAAGAAAGCUCAAGAAAGGCAAGAAAAGCCAUUGGAGCUCUCACCUUAUGCAAAGAUUCCAUAUCCGCAGAGGUUCAGAGAGGAAAUCAAAAAGCAGCAGUAUUCCAAGUUCCUUGACAUUUUCAAGAAGCUGCAAAUCAAUAUCCCGUUUACUGAAGCCUUGGAGAACAUGCCCAAUUACGCAAAGUUCAUGAAAGAUCUUCUAUCACGAAAGCGUAAGCUACAAGAAUGUGAGACGGUGACGCUGACAGAGGAAUGCAGUGCCAUUAUACAGAAAAAGUUGCCUCCAAAGCUUAAAGAUCCAGGAAGAUUCAGCAUUCCAUGCAACAUAGGCAAUAUGGAAGUGAAAAAUGUUCUAUGUGAUCUCAGUGCCAGCAUCAACGUGAUGCCACUAUUUAUGUUGAAGAAACUGGGGAUCACUGAAGUAAAGCCAACCAAGACAAUAGUGCAACUGGCUGACCUCUCUACAAAGCAAGCUUAUGGCAUUAUUGAGGACAUACUGGUAAAGGUUGACAAAUUCAUCAUUCCUGUUGAUUUUGUCAUCCUUGAUAUAGUGGAAAAUUCUACUAUUCCUAUGAUCUUCGGAAGACCUUUCUUGGCAACCUUAGGAGCGCUGAUUGAUGUACCGAAAGACACUACUCAGGAUGCUGAUAGAAAUGAUAUUGCACCCACUACUGAAAUUGAUGAGGAUUGA